AGCCACUCUCAGCGCCCCGUUGCUCCGCGCUCGUGCGCCGUGCGCCGCGGGGCGAGCGUUGACCAUGGACGAUCAGAUGGCCUACGCGCUGGCGGAGAUGGGCGACUUCGGAGACUACAUCGUCGUCCAAAGCGAGGAGAAGGUCUUCUCCAUGGAGGAGGUGGCCCUCCAUAGCUCUCCGGAGGACUGCUGGGUGGUACUGCACGGCCGGGUCUAUGACCUCACGAAGUUCGCGAUGGGGCAUGUGGGCGGCAGCAAGUUGAUCACCGACCUAGCUGGCAAGGACGGUACUCAAGUCUUCGAAGCCUCUCACGGGGAGAACGUCUUGAACAGCGUCCGAAUGGAUUGCUGCUUGGGUCUCAUCGAUGUCUCAACCAUCAUGGAUGAGCACCGCAUCAGCCCCACCUUCCGCGAGCGUAUCGCGUGAAGUGGAGAGCAGAGACUGGCAGAGACUGACCGUCCUUUUUGAUUGCUCCUUGCUGUGUGAAGGCGCUUGGGUCAGCCCCAGUGGAACUGGGGUUAUUGCUUGGCUUCCAAUGAUGAUCCUAUAGUGCCAGUCAUGGAGGGAUGUGUAAAACCGUGUGUUCUUUCUUCGUUGAUGCCGUACAAUCCGUAGGGCCUAGGCUCGAUCUUUUACACCCUGACGAAAUCGCCAGAAGCGAAUCCGUCGACAAGAGCGGGAGGAAUUUGAUAAAACCCCCGCCUUUAGGUCCGACAAGCCGAUCACUGGCCUUGUUUUCCAAAGUUGUGAGGAAGCUUUCGGAAAACGAUCCUCAGUCCUCAGGGGAGUGAGCAAACGAUGCACCGUUGUCAGCUAGUGAGCUUGUACUCCGAGCUGCCUAGGGUUUGGUUUUCAUGAGAAUUGCAUGGUGCUCCGCUGCUGGGAACGGAGGAUGCUCGUCCGAAACUAGCUACCUGGCUGCCGGCCACCCGUGGUGGCCGCGGUGUUUCUGCCAUCCGCGGCCCGUGGUCGGUCGACGGUGACACUGAAGUUCGGCCAGACAUGGAUUCUGA